AUGAAACCUAAAAUAAAGAGAAGUCUCAAUGAACAUAAGAAUAGAAAUAAUAUAUAAGUAUUUAAAAUGAUUAUGAGGUUCCUUUUUUUAAUUCAUGUCCUGAUAUGAAUAGUCAAAAUGGAUAGGAGAAUAGAAUGAAAAAAGUUGUUGCAUAUUUAUAUCUAAGAGAAAAUUAUUCAGAUAUUAAAUAAUGUAGAUCAUUUAGUCAAAAAAGAAUAAUAAGAUAUGGUUUAACAGAGGAACCAGCUGAUUAGAAGAAUGAAAAAACUAAUUACAAAAAAUUAAACAUAGGUGCAAAUUAAAUUAAAAUUCCAGUACAUCAUAAUUGGAAAAGUAAUGUAGAAGACAUAAAAAUUGAUUAAUAGUAUGAAAAUUAAUUGGAUAAACAUUUUAAAACAAAAGAAUAAUAAAUUGAUUAUUAAGAUAAAAUAGAAUACAUGAAUUAAUAUAUAUAAGAACUAAAUGAUAUGCAUAAAACUUAAAAUAAAACAGAAGCAAUUAAAAGUAUUAGAGCUUUACAUAAAAAAAAUAGAGAUGACUUAAAGACAUAUGUUAAAUAUAAAGGAUAAAGAUUUUUUGAAAUAUUACCUCUUUUAAAAAAGAGAAAUUCAACUGUAAUAGAAUAAUUUAAGUGUUUUUAACCUAUUUGUAAUUUAGAAUUAAAAUAAAAAGAGAAGUAUUCAGAUGAAUUAUUCAAGCAUCUGAAUAAAAAAUAAGAUGUUAAAAAUGAUUAAGACUAAAAAUAAUCUAAUAAUAUAUGUAUUGAUUAUUAAGAUAUACCUAAACUUUCACCUUCAUUAAGAAGAACCUUCAGUUAAUAAGAUGUAUUAAUUUCAGAAGCUUAAAAUUUCAAUAAAAAUAAUUAUUUGUUCGAGAUUAAAAAUGCAAAUGAAUAAGAAGAAUAAGUAAAAGCAUAUACGAUAAAUAACGAAGAAGCUAAAGAUAUAUCUAAUUUUCAAUAAGAUCUUAAAAUGUAUGUUUCUAAACAUCUAAAUACGAGUGGUUCAGCUGAAAUCUCAGCAAUGAAUAUUACUUAAAUGUAGUAGGUAAUAUUUUAUGAAAUAUAAGAGUUUUAUUAAUAAGAGGUAAAAGGAAUUGAAAAGAAUGAAUAAGAAAUUUUAAUUCAAUACUUUUAGAACACAUACUGAGUCACCAAAAAUAAAAAAUUCUGUAUUCUAGACAACAGCUACAUCUUAUUAAUUUAAAUUUUGA